AGGGGAUUCUGAUUGGUUGCUCAGGAAGGGUUGUCCCGUGACAUUCCGCGGCCGCUGCGGGGGCUUCCAGGGCUUAAGCACACAGCGAACUGAGCGAGCGCGAGGUUCAACAUAUAAAGCUGGGAAGAGCAGAUUCGAUUGGGUCCUGAGAUUUGACUCCAAGGCAAUGUUGCAAAAGACAGUGCUCUUACUGGCCCUGGUGGCUCCGGUACUGACGCUGGAGAAUGGGCUCCUGCGGACACCACCCAUGGGCUGGCUGGCCUGGGAACGUUUCCGCUGUAACAUCGACUGUGAGGAGGAUCCGAAGAACUGCAUCAGUGAACAGCUCUUUAUGGAGAUGGCUGACAGACUGGCUCAGGAUGGAUGGCGGGACCUGGGCUAUGUAUACCUCAACAUCGAUGACUGCUGGAUUGGUGGGCGUGAUGCCUCAGGCCGCCUGAUUCCUGAUCCCAAGCGCUUCCCUCAUGGGAUUGCCUUCCUAGCUGACUAUGCUCAUUCCUUGGGUCUGAAGCUAGGCAUCUAUGAGGACAUGGGCAAAAUGACCUGCAUGGGUUUCCCUGGUACCACCCUGGACAAAGUGGAGCUGGACGCCCAGACCUUCGCAGACUGGAAGGUGGACAUGCUCAAGUUGGAUGGCUGUUUCUCGAGUUCCAAAGAACGUGCGAAGGGGUACCCCAAGAUGGCUGCUGCCCUGAACAGCACGGGCCGUCCCAUCGCCUUUUCUUGCAGCUGGCCAGCCUAUGAAGGGGGCCUACCCCCCAAGGUGAACUACACUGAGAUUGCCAGCAUCUGCAAUCUCUGGCGCAACUACAAAGACAUCCAGGACUCCUGGAAGAGUGUGAUGUCCAUUCUGGACUGGUUUGUGAAACACCAGGACAUAUUGCAGCCGGUGGCGGGUCCUGGGCACUGGAAUGACCCAGACAUGCUGCUCAUCGGCAACUUUGGCCUCAGCUUCGAUGAAUCCCAGGCGCAGAUGGCCCUGUGGACAGUGCUAGCAGCACCCCUCUUCAUGUCCACGGACCUGCGUACCAUCUCCCCCCAGAAUAUGGACAUUCUUCAGAAUCCACUCAUGAUCAAAAUCAAUCAGGACCCCUUGGGCAUCCAGGGACGCAGGAUCCUCAAGAGCAAAUCCCAUAUCGAAGUGUACAAGCGAUAUCUGUCUAACGAGGCCAGUGCCCUGGUCUUCUUCAGCCGCAGGACAGACAUGCCUUUCCAUUUCCACUGCUCCCUCUCCGAACUGAACUACCCCAAAGGCAACGUGUAUGAGGGCCAGAAUGUCUUCACAGGAGAUGUCGUGAGUGGCCUCCAUACUGAAGUCAACUUCACUGUGAUCAUCAAUCCUUCGGGGGUUGUGAUGUGGUACCUAUAUCCCAUCAAGGGCCUGGGGAUAGCCAAGAUGAUGUCCCAGUUGUGAGGACCCAAGAAUGACAGGCUAUGGCAGCCCCACUGAGCCUGGACCGUGGAGCCUUGGCAUGCCAAGGACAUGGCAGGGCUCUGCCCUCCCCAGGCUGCUUGGUGAUGUGACCUCUAUCAUGCCCAAAGUGCGACUUCGGGGCCAGGUUCCAUGCCAUGCCCAGCUGAAGCAGGGGCUCUCUCGGAAACUUUGAACUCUUGGGACAGUUUCCUGUGGCCUUCGGGCCUCUGCCUCCACACCACUCUGCAGAUUUUGCUGAACAACUCAGCCAGCCUCCUGAGCCCCCACGGGCAGGGCCCUGAUGGCCAUUGGACUCCAGCCUCUGACUUUGCUGACUCAGAAAUCAGGAUUUGGAAUUUUUUAAAUUAAGAAUAGAGACCUGACUCCUUGCCAGGAAUUCUCAGAAUCAUGUGAUCGGCCUUCCUCCUGGAGAAGGCCUUUGCAGUUGGUACCCGGGAGUGAGGGAUGGAUCAGAGACCUUUGCUCCUAAUAAAGGUGUUUUUUUAAACUGUU